CAGUUUUGAAUACAUGAACACAAAAGCAUAACCUCCCGGGGUCGGGAGUACUAUACACGCCAAUACGACUCGCUGAAAAUCUUCCCUGAAACUUCCCAUUUAAUAGGCCGCCCCUUUUCCUCCAUUUCUCUCUCCUUUUUUUCCUCCUUCGUCUCCCGCCACUUUCUUCUUCAUUUUUCCAGAAAUGUUGGAAUUCUUCGCUUGAACAUCUUGCAAUUUCUUGUUGCUCAAGCUUGUUUAGUUCUUCGAAAUUCAUAAAUUUUACCAAAUUUCAUCUGAUUCUUCAAUGGCAGCUGCUAAGCGCGCGAUUCAAUUCGGUGUAAAUUCGAGUAGGUUCUUCGCUAAUUCGAGAGGUUUUGCUGCUGUGGAUCCGCAGAUUACCCGAUUCAAUCAUAAUUUUCGGCAAUUCUGUCAGCUUCAAGCUCCCAACAAUAAUCGGCGUGGAUUGCUUGUCGAUACUUUAGCUCUGGUGAGGAAUUUGGAGGCACAAGGUGUUCCGGAGAAUCAGGCUGAGGCAAUUACAAAUUCAAUUGCUCAAGCUGUGGAUGUCAGCAUGGAAAAGAUGGAAAUGCUUCAGGAUUCAAACAUUUCCAGAUUCAAAGGUGAAGUAAAAACCUCUCAGGACCAUCAUUUUUCCUUGUUACAAAGACAGAAUGAAAAGCUUCACAAUGAUAUUGAAAUGCUGCGUAGUGAGCUGAGGUAUGAAUUUGACAAGAUAAUUAAUGCGGUGAAAGCUCAACUGGAAGCUGGAAAGGUAGAGAUGAUUAGAAUCUGGAUCGGUACCCUUGCCUCCACUGUUGCUGUUGGUCUUGCUAUCUUUCAACUUAUGGGCACUUAGCACAAUGGUUAUGGGCAUUUAGCAUCAAGUGUCACAUAUAUUUUAGGGCUGAAGUUUGGUGGAUCCAGAUUUUUUGCGGAUGUCCAAUUUUUUUUAUUUAUUAUUUAUUAUUUUUUUUAAAAUUAAUUAAUCAAAUUUAUAAUUUUUAUUG